UUGGAUGGCGCGUGCGUUCCUGGCUCCUCUAAUCACGCCUUGCCUCGUCUCUCUUUCGCUCUUCCUCGCUCUCUUUCUUGCUCACUGCGACAAAUUGCACGGCGACAAAUUGCACUAAUCGCCUCGGUCGGGGAGCAGCCCACCAUGAGCGAGGACAGCCAGCCAGAGUAUCGCUAUCUCCAGGAGAUCUCGCAGAUGAUGUUUGUCUUCGGCGACGUCGUCGACCCGCACCCCGAUGUGCUGAAGCUCGUCGAGGACAUUGUGCGCAACCAGGUCAUUGAGCUGAUGCUGCAGUCGCGCGCCCUCUCUGCUCGGCGCUCCUCGCGCUUCCUCUCGCCCGAGGACCUCAUCUUUCUCAUCCGCUACGAUCGUGCAAAGGUCAACCGUCUGCGGACCUACCUGAGCUGGAAGGACGUGCGCAAGAAUGCAAAGGACAGCGGCGGCGAUGCGGGUGCUGCCGGUCCCGAUGUGCCCGAGGGCGACGAUGCAGUGGACAACCCAGUCAAGUCGCGCAUCGCAAAGAUCAGGCUGCCGUGGGACAUCCAAACCGUCUACAGCGAGCACCUCACCGCGCCCGGCGGCGCAGGCGACGAGCGCGAGGAGGAGGACGAGGACGACAUCGAGGCGCACCAGGACAGCUUGCAGCGGCUCAAGGACGCCGACGAGGCCACGCGGAGAAUGACGCGGGAAGAGUACGUGCACUACUCUGAAUGCCGCCAGGCCAGCUUCACCUUUCGCAAGGGCAAGCGCUUCCGCGAGUUUAUCAAUGCUGGCGCCUACCUCGACGUGAAGCCCAACGACGACAUCAUCGAUAUCCUCGGCUUCCUCGCCUUUGAGACGGUGCGCGAGCUGUGCCUGGGUGCGCUGGCCAUCAAGCAGGCCCUCGAGGAGGAGGCGGCCCGGGCCAAGAAGCACGAGAGCAGCAACAGCAGCAGCAGCAACAACAACAUCCAGGCGAUCAAUGGCGCGAGAAAGGGCACAAUGACCACUGCCUCUGCUUCUGGUCAGGAGGGUGAGGCAGCGCAGGACAACGAUGUGGGCGACACAUCGAUGGAGUCGAACAAGACAGUCUCGCAGCAGAGCACCGCCUCCUCCUCUUCCCUCAAGAAGCGAAAGGCGGACAGCAGCAGCCAGGGCGAGGCGCAAGUUCAGAAGAGCAGCGCCAAGACGUCGCCAAGCAAGCGCGCGAGGCACGAGACGCCCCCGCCAAAUCCAGCAAACGGCAAUGGCAGGACCUCGCCGGACCCGUCGCCAAGUAGCCACAGCAGUAACGGCAGCCUCACCAACGGCCAAAGUGCCAGAAAGGCGGCUGCGACUGAGGACGGCGCAGCAGCAGCAGCGGAGGAAGAAGACGACGAAAAGGGCUGCGGGCUCUUUACGAUGCCGCCGGCAAAGGCCAGUCCGCUCCUGCCCUCGCACAUUCUUGAGGCCUUUGCCCGCCUUCAGCGCGGCAGGGCCGCCCUCUCGGCCGGCAAGGGCGGCUACCCGGGCGGGCUGCGUCGCACGAGAGUCUUUGUUAUUUGAUUGGGCCGCCUACUUCUCCUCCCUACCAUUGUAUUUUUAUAGAGACCCUGCAAUUGUCAACCUCGAUCCGUG